AUGGCUGUUCUACGAGUAAGAUUCACUAAAACCCAGAGGGACAGGCUUGCCCAGGUUCUAUGGUUGCUGAACUGGAUCUCGGUGGUGACAGGCCUCAUCCUGUUCAGUCUGGGCCUUUUCCUAAAAGUGGAGAUCAACAAGAGGAGAGAGCUAAUGACCAAGCAGGAAGUUCAUUCUGUACCAGAUAUGCUAAUUGCAGUGGGGCUGAUAGCUUGUGUGAUUAAUUUUGUUGGAGGAAAGAUUUGCUAUGACUGUGUAGACACCAACAAGUUCUUGCGCUGGAAGCUUGUGAUGCUUCCUUAUAUAAUUUGCACAUUUUUCUUUACCCUGUGUGUGCUGGUCGGUGCCCUAAUGUGCUACACCAUGCAUGGGGAACUGAAGGAAUCCCUAGCAUUGGGCCUACAAGAUGCUAUGCGCUACUAUAAAGAUACAGACACACCAGGCCGUUGCUUCCUUAAAAGCACUGUUGACCUGCUGCAGAUCCAGUUCCAGUGUUGUGGUAAUGCAGGCCACAGGGACUGGUUCCAGAUUCAGUGGAUCAGCACUCGUUACCUGGACAUGUCCAAGCGAGAAGUGGUGGACCGUUUACGCAGCAACGUGGAAGGAAAGUACCUGGUUGAUGGGGUACCUUUCAGUUGCUGUAACAUCAACUCACCUCGACCAUGCAUUCAGUAUCAAAUCACCAACAACUCAGCCCACUUUAAUUACAACUACCAGACAGAGGAGCUCAACUUAUGGAGUAAAGGCUGUCACCAGGCUUUGGUGGAAUACUUCACCGACAUAAUGCACUCAAUCGGCCUUAUUGUGCUUCUCAUCUGGCUGUUUGAGCUGUCUGUCCUCACUGGUGUUCGGUACUUGCAAACAGCUCUGGAGAACAUGCUGCUUCAAGGAGAUCCCGAGUCUGAAUCAGAAGGAUGGCUGUUGGAGAACAGUUUUGCGGAGACUGCACGCUCUAGCUUAAUCAUCAUAAAAAACCUGGGCAAGUGCAAUCAGAUUGAGGUUGAAAAUGGGGACCCCAAUGUAAACAGGCCAUCCACAGCACACUAUGGUCCUGAUAAUGUACCUCCAAAGCAGAUGCCUGUGGCCAGUUAA